AUGCGUUUUCUAAGCGGCAUUGUUGUACUUCUAUGGGGACUCCAGACCUACGCUAUCACCAUAGGUCCCUCCGCUAAUUUAUACAUCGGCAACAAAGUCAUAGCUCCGGAUGGAAAUAAGCGCUCGACCGUUUUGGCUGGGGCAUCGUUCAACACCCUGUCUUUUCCAGGACCUGUAAUCCGGGCAACAAAGGGCGACACGUUACGGAUCAACGUAGUGAAUCAGUUAACCGAUACCACCAUGUUAACGGGAACCAGCAUCCACUGGCACGGCUUACACCAAAAAGGAACCAGCUGGGCCGACGGUGUGGUCGGUGUAACUCAGUGCCCUAUCGCUCCGGGCCGCUCUUUCUUGUAUCAAUUUCCCACGGCCAAUCAAGCUGGGACUUUUUGGUACCAUUCUCACUACUCUACGCAGUAUUGCGAUGGCCUCAGAGGCGCUUUGGUUGUUUAUGACCCAGCUGAUCCAUACAGAACCUGGUAUGAUAUCGACGACGAAACUACAAUCAUCACCCUUGCAGAUUGGUAUCAUAAUGUUGCCCAUUUAGAGCCUCUUCCUGCCGAAGCAGACUCAGUUCUGAUCAACGGGAAAGGUCGUGUCGUUGGCGGAUCUGCUUCUCCGCUAGCGGUCGUAAUGGUAAUUCCCAACAAACGUUAUCGUUUUCGUCUGGUUUCUAUCUCGUGCGGUCCUGCGUUCACAUUUUCGAUUGAUGGACAUCCUAUGACUGUUAUAGAAGCCGACUCUCAGAGCGUGCAACCUCUUACGGUUAAUGAAAUUGUCAUUUUCGCUGGUCAACGAUAUUCCUUCAUUCUUUAUGCCAAUAAUCCAAUCGGAAACUACUGGAUUCGGUCCCAACCCGAUGAAGAUGCUCCAGGGGGCUUCGAGGGAGGUGCCAACUCUGCCAUACUGCGUUACUAUGGUGCGCCCACCAUCAACCCGACGACAUCAAAGGCUUCCGUUUCAAACCCUCUGAUCGAGGCAAACCUCCGGCCUCUCUAUAAUCCUGCCGCUCCGGGAAUUCCACGACCGGGAGCUGCAGAUGUCAACAUCAAACUAGAUGUCACUUACAAUGAGCAAACAAGGAAAUUCUUUAUCAACAAUGCCACCUUCACAGAAGUCCGCGUUCCGGUGUUGCUUCAGAUCCUCAGCGGAGCACGCGCAGCGAGUGAUUUGCUCCCCAAAGGAGUGGUGUAUAGUCUCCCUCCUAACAAAGUCAUAGAGAUAUCUAUGCCUGGCGGCAGUACUGGAAGUCCGCACCCUAUGCAUUUGCAUGGCCAUGACUUUUCCGUCGUGAGGAGUGCAGGUAGCAAUCGCUACAACUAUGUCAAUCCAGUCAGGCGCGACGUUGUCAAUAUAGGCCGACAAACUACAGACAACGUUACCAUACGGUUCACGACCGACAACGCUGGACCUUGGAUUCUGCACUGCCAUAUUGACUGGCAUCUUGAAGCUGGUAUGGCGGUUGUAUUUGCAGAAGAUUUCCAAUCCAUCAAACUCAGCAAGCCUCCCCCUGCUUGGGAUCAGCUUUGCCCUACCUUCAAUGCUUUGCCUCCUCAAACAUUCCAUUGA